AUGGCUCCGGACUCGUGGUCCGAGGCCGAUAGCAUAUCUCAACAUUCUUCCAUGUCGCAUCAGGAUGAUUCGCUCGAUCGUCAACUACUCCGUCAUCUUAUGCGCCGCUAUGGUCGCGAAGGUGUAGCCCAGUUGAUGGACGAGGAGGCAACCUCGCCUGCCAUCUCUCUCAACGAUGGAGCCUCAGUCAUCUCUUCAAGUACUUAUUCCUCGGUAAAGUCCGAGGAUGCCGCCAGUCUCUUCGAUACCGCCAGCGUGCGAACCUUUUCCUCCGAUAACUCUUCUGUCCGUGGCAGCAUCAUCUCCAAUGUGUCAGCACGCACUGCCAAGCUACUUGGUCGAAAAUCGAAUCAGUCUACUCGCCCUUCUACUUCGCAGUCGACAAGUCGAGAGGAAGAGGCCUCGACGACCCCGUCAGGUGAUUCCGCAACUCCGGCUCCGCACGCGCCCAAGCAAAAGGGUUCCUUCACAUGUGGCUUCUGCAGGGAAGAAGACAUUCAAAAGACGUGUACGCGUAAAAAUGAUUUGAAGCGUCAUAUCGAGGACUUUCACAACACCAACGCUCAGUGGUUCUGUCGUCAUUCGGAUUGCAACAUGGUUUUCGACUGGCAGACGGCGUACAAGACCCAUCUGAAACAGGCCCACGGUGGCUCUCGCAUGACUCUCGACGAAGCCAAGGUGAACUUGUGUCCCCAGACCGUUUUUGCCUGUGGCUUUGAAAACUGCCCUCAGGUUUUUGAGGCUCCCAGCGACGACGAUGCCGACUCGACCUUUAAGGAGUUUGUGGCUCACGUGGUGAAGCAUUUCGACGAGGGAUCCAACAGUGGAGAGUGGACAUAUUCUGGCAGAAUGCGAAAUUUGUUGAAGCAGUCAGGAUUGGUGCGAGCUUGGGCGAGCUCUUCAUGGCCCGAGGAGGAACGAAAUCGUCUGCAAUGGCAUCCCCAAUCCAGUGGCAUCCUACGGAAACGACUCGAAACGCGGCAUCUGGGUGAUCUGCAACUCAUGGUUCAGUAUGCCAUUGCCCUGGGUUCGGAGCCCUCUUCCAUCACCAAGUACCGCGAGGACUUUAUCAACCCCGUCAAGGACCAGUGCCGCCAGCCAAUCCCAGGACACAAGUCACGAGCACCUCCUCUUCCACCUUCGGGUCCCUCUCCUGAUGCCGACCAGUAUCAGUUCCGCAUUUCUCGGGGGACAAACCCCAACUUGGCAGCGUAUCUGGCUUCUCAACGGCGUGUCUAUGUACCGCGUCCUGGUCCAGUUCGCUCCGGUCGUUCCGCCCGACCACCUCGGCAUACGAUGCCUACGACAACGGCAGCUCCGGCGCCUAUGCCGCAUCACUUUCAGUAUGCAAACAUACCCCAGGCGCAGAUGUACGACCCUCGGCAGCAGCAGCAAUUCGCCAUGAUGCAGCAGGCCACAGGGGGUAUUAUCGCCGAGGAUCUCCGAAGCCUUCGGUCUAUCGCCAAUAGCAUGCCUGAACAAGACAUCGACAUGAACGAUGCCGACAUGAUGGACGCUGGAUUCAUGCAGGAGCCAGCCUUUUCGGCUCCUUAUGAUCCCCAGAGUAUGACGACCUCUGCGUCCGACGCUUCAUGCCUUACUCCUACUACUCCUAUAGGUCAACAAAUGUCGUUUGGAGGCUAUGAUUCUGCAUAUGCCUAGAUCACGGCGAGCGAUGGAUUUGGUUGACUUCCAGAUCUGAAUGCUUGUUCAGGCCGUCUAUUGCCCUUGCAGUCAUUCUAAUAUUGAUACGCAUGGCAAACAUGAGCCUUUACUUAAAACUUAACCCACUCACUCAGGGACAUGGUCAAUGACAACUUGACCAUCCUGCUCAUUCCUUACUCGUUACUUUUCAUAUACGCAAGGUUCAAAAGAUGGAGGGGGGACCGUCGGAGCGAUAUAUCUUUGGGAUUUUUCUUUGUCUGGUGGAGUCACUGCUGGGUAGUUUUACCCACAAAGGCCUAUACUUUGCAUUGCAGCGGAUAUGGAAGUCUGGCAACCCUUAUACAUGAUGGGAUGGAGGAGAGCUCGUGGGAGUGUGUUGAGAUUUGAUACCCCGAAUGUGAGAGUAAGAGACGUUGUUUCUGGUGCCUUGAGGUGUUUUUUGAUGAAUGGAAAAUAAGGAUAUACGAUCGAGUAUAUGACAUUAAUUUACAUGUGACUUUGACGUUGG